AUACCUAAGGGUCGAGAAUUUACGAGUGAGUGUCUCUUCCUGCUUACUCUCUCUUCAUUUCCUUCUCCUGCGUCUCUGGUUGGUCUGCGAAGUGGCGGAGCCGCGGAGGUGGUCGCUGGGGAUGACGAUAGACGACGACAACUCGAUCUACGUGGGAGGACUCCCUUACGACGCCACAGAGGAAAGCGUAAGGAGGGCUUUCGACUUGUACGGAGCCGUCGUCGCCGUCAAGAUAAUAAAUGACCGCCAUAUUGGAGGUAAAUGCUAUGGAUUUGUUACUUUCACAAAUCCAAGAUCAGCAAUUGAUGCAAUCAAUGAUAUGGAUGGGAGGACAAUAGGAGGUAGAGUUGUGAAGGUCAAUGAAGUACGGACUAGAGGUGGAAGGCCAGGUCACAUGCAUGAGCGUUUCCGAGAAAAUGAGAGAGACAUGGACUGGAACAGGGACAGGGAUAGAGGACGGUUUCAGGAUCAUGAUAGAGACCAUUAUCGGGAUAGGAACAAUGACCGAUCUCGAGAACGGGAUCAUGAUCAUAGACGCGAUGAUCGUAAGAGGGACCGUGACCCUGAACAAGUUAGAGAUCAAGACAGCAAUAGAAUAUAUGAUCGUGACUGGCAAAGAGAUCAUGAUGCAGAUUGGGACCAAGAUAGAAGCAUUGAAAGGGUUAAAGAUUAUGAAAGAAAUGAUGUUAAGAGUACAGAGGAAAGGUUGAAUGAUCGAUUUGGUUCAAAUUUUGCUGAGCGGCGAACUAGAGAGCGCUCAAUCUCCAGUGACGAAUCUCCUAAGCAGGUGAAGGACAAGCUGGAAGCAGCUGUUCAAAGGCGAGAUGAUCUACAAAGUGAGAUUGCUGAAAUAGAUGAGAAGCUUGAGACAAAGCAAUUAUUAGUUGCAGAUUUGCAAGAGAAAUCGCAGAAGCUAGAGGAUUCACUAGCUAGUGCCAAGAAGCUCUUCUUUUAUCGUGAUAUGCAGCUAAUGAAGUUGCAGAAAUGUUUUCUUCAAGUAAAAGACUGCAAAGAAAGAUUAAAGGGCUACGAGCAAGAGCUCCAGGCUCUUGUGGAUACGGCAAUGAUUGAAAGUGAUGAUGUUGCAACAGCACCGGCCCGUGAUGUAUCAGUGUAGCGAGAGGGAUGCUCAUGGCAUAAUAGGAAGGUUUGAUGACACUAGUUGGUGAAGCUGAUCUUUUUCUUAUGAAUUUUUUUGUUACAAUUGAUUUAAAAAGCUAAUAGUGCUACACUGGAAAUGUGCUUGAAGGAACUUCCAUGAUACCCAUGUAUAAAUGUGCUUUAAUGUAGUAUUUGAUUUUCUUUU